GUAUGAAUCAAGAUGUAUUUUUGAAGAAACAAUGGUUCAUUAUGAGUCAAGAGGGCAAAAUUGAAUAAUAUUAUGAUAUCAAUCUAAAAAAAGUGAUUGGAUCUGGUACUUAUGGAAGUGUUGUCAAAGCCAACCUCAAAGGCACUAAAAAUCAAAGGGCUGUCAAAGUCAUUCCUAAAAGCAAAGUUAAGAACCCUGAUCGAUUCAAAAAAGAAAUUGAUAUACUUAGACAAUUAGAUCAUCCAAAUAUCAUCAAAUUAUAUGAAACCUUUGAAGAUUAAAGAAACGUUUAUCUUGUUAUGGAGUAUCGAUAUCAUAAAAUUAUUAAAGACUUUGUGAUGGUGGAGAACUUUUUGAUCGAAUUAUGGAUAAAGGAUGUUUUAGUGAAGCAGAAGCACAUGAAAUCUUUCUUUAAAUUAUGCAAGUAUAUAGUAUAUAUUAAUUACUGAGGCAUUGAAUUAUUGUCACUCUAACGGAAUUUGUCAUAGAGAUUUAAAACCUGAAAACUUUUUAUUCUUAACUAAAGCAGAAGAUUCUCCAAUUAAAGUUAUUGAUUUUGGAUUAAGCACUUUAUUUGAAGAUCCAAUCUCAGCCAAAUAAACAGGAAAUUAAAAAGUUACUAUGAAAACUAAAGCUGGAACCCCAUAUUAUAUUUCUCCAGAAGUAUUAAAAGGAAGUUAUGAUGAAUCUUGUGAUAUUUGGAGUGCAGGUGUCAUUCUAUAUAUACUCUUAUCUGGAGUACCACCAUUCUAUGGGGAUAGCGAUCCUGAAAUUUUAGAUGCAGUUCAAAAAGGAGAAUAUACACUUUAAAUCCCAGAGAUGAAAGCUGUAAGUGAAUCAGCAAAAGAUUUAAUCUCUCAUAUGAUUACUACUCCUGAAAAGAGAUAUAAAGCAUCAUAGGUUAUAUAACACAAAUGGAUGAAAGAUGGCAGUAAAUAAACUAAAUGUACAAUUCCUAAAUUUUCAUUCUAGAAUUGAAAUUAAAUUUUGGUCAACUGAAAAAUUUUACCGGUAGUAACAAACUGAAGAAAGUAGCGUUGACAUUUAUUGCUUCUUAAUUGAAUGAAUAGGAAAUCACAGAUCUAGGAAAGUAUUAAUUUAUAUCUAAGAUUAAGGUUAUUCAAAUAAUUGGAUAAGAAUGGAGAUGGAGUUUUAACUAUUGAGGAAUUAAGAGAAGGGUUAACAGGAAUGAGUGAUACAUAAGCAAAAGACUUAGGAAAUAUCAUAAAGAGUAUUGAUACUGAUGGAAAUGGAACAAUCAAUUAUACAGGUAUUGAUUCAAGUAUUUUCAGAAUUCUUGGCUGCCACUAUGGAGAAGUCUCUAUACAUGAAAGAAGAGAAAUUGUAUUAAGCCUUCAAGAUGUUGGAUUUAGAUGGAAGUGGGAAGAUUGAUAAACAUGAAUUAUAAACUGUAUUAGGAAGUAAUAUGCUAUUUUUUAUUUAUUUUUAGAAAGUGAUAAUAUAAUUGAUGAAAAGUAUUGGGAUGAUAUGAUAAGAGAGGCAGAUAAGAAUGGAGAUGGAGAAAUCGACUAUAAUGAAUUCAUAGAAAUGAUGGAUAAAUUUAGUUUAUUAAAUUGAUU